CUUGUCUUUUCAAAGAAGCUUGCUUUAAGAGCAGGCACCCUGUGAGUGAAGUGUGUUUAAGGACCCUCAAGGGUAGUCAGAUUCACUGCACAGCUCAACAACAUCCAGAGGACAAGUAAAGUGGAUUUAUUGAAGACCUGGAGCUUGCUUCUGAGAGUCAAUACAAAAGGAUCCUAAACUGUCUAUCUUGACGUUGGCAGGUUAGGCAGCAUCUGAUAUUACAUCAUAAGAAGCACUGGCCACUAAUCAGGAACAUUCGUGAAGACUACUACAGUGCCAGAAAGAGGCACUAAGCAGACAUUCCUAGAGAAACAUGGAUGGAGUUGGAAAUCUGACAGUAUCUUCUGCCAGUAAUAAUACAUGCAAUGACACUAUUGAUGACUUCCGCAAUCAAGUAUAUUCCACCUUGUACUCUAUGAUCUCUGUUGCGGGCUUUUUUGGCAAUGGCUUUGUGCUUUAUGUUCUCAUAAAAACAUAUCAUGAGAAGUCAGCCUUCCAAGAAUACAUGAUUAAUUUAGCAGUAGCAGAUCUACUGUGCGUGUGUACACUGCCUCUCCGUGUGGUCUAUUAUGUUCACAAAGGUAUUUGGCUCUUCGGUGACUUUUUGUGCCGCCUCAGCACUUAUGCCUUGUAUGUCAACCUCUAUUGUAGCAUCUUCUUUAUGACAGCCAUGAGCUUUUUCCGCUGUAUUGCAAUUGUUUUCCCAGUCCAGAACAUUAAUUUGGUUACACAGAAAAAAGCUAGGUUUGUGUGUGUUAGCAUUUGGAUUUUUGUGAUUUUGACCAGUUCUCCAUUUUUAAUGUCCACAUCAUACAAAGAUGAGAAAAACAAUACCAAGUGCUUUGAGCCUCCACAGGACAAUCAAGCUAAAAAUUAUGUUUUGGUCUUGCAUUAUGUGUCAUUGUCUGUUGGAUUUAUUAUUCCUUUUGUUAUUAUAAUUGUCUGUUACACAAUGAUCAUUUUGACCUUACUAAAAAAUUCAAUGACGAAAAGCUUAUCAAGUCGUAAAAAGGCUAUAGGAAUGAUCAUAGUUGUGACAGCUGCCUUUCUGAUCAGCUUCAUGCCAUAUCAUAUUCAACGCACCAUCCACCUUCAUUUUUUACACAAUGAAACUAAACCCUGUGAUUCUGUCCUUAGAAUGCAAAAGUCAGUGGUCAUAACCUUGUCUCUGGCUGCAUCAAAUUGUUGCUUUGACCCUCUCCUAUAUUUCUUUUCAGGGGGAAACUUUAGGAAAAGGCUGUCUACAUUUAGAAAGCAUUCUUUGUCCACUGUAACUUAUGUACCCAAAAAGAAGGCCUCCUUGCCAGAAAAAGGAGAGGAAAUAGGUACAUAGUGCAAACCCAUCUCCAGUGCAAUUCAAUGAAAGGAGUUUUCCAGACAAGAAUUUUCUCAAAACAUUUACAAUAAAAAUAAGAAUUUCUAUUUAUAAUUCACAAAUAUUUGACUGAAUAUGCACCUAUAAAUCCAUCUCAUUUAGGCAUCCACAUUAUUAGACAUCCCAAAGAUGUUUUAAGUGUUAAAAAUUCAGUCCAGAACUAUGAACUAAAUUAUAAAUGGUUUUUUCAUCACCACAAGGUGGGGAAUAUUUGUAUCUUGGAACUAUAAAAAUGAGUCUGAGACCAACAUUUUCCCCCUGAAAUAAAAGCUUUACAAAGGAUAAAAACUAGCCUUUUAAAAUAUAAAGUUAGCAACUAAUUCUCAAUCAUCCUAACAUAUCCCUUGGCAUGCAUGACAUCAGAUGAGAAAUAGAAUGACCCAGGAACUACAUAAAAUGUAUUGUCACCCUCUUCUUUCAUAGUAUUGACUAGCCAGCCAAAAGUCAGGCCAUUUCUGCCAAAAGAGAAUGUGCAAGUGUUAGAAAGCCUAGUAUUCAGCCAAAAGGCCCUAAAAGCUCCAUGCAAUGUAAAAUCUGUAAAAUUAGGAAGAUAAAUCUGGUCAAAGGCCAGUUUGUCUCCAAUUUUCUUCUGCUCCUGCCUGAGGCGCCCAAAACAGAAUGAUGGAGUUUUUGUUGCACACUGAGGUUCUUAUAGGGAAUUCUCUCCCUACAUGACAUACAAUUCUUCAUCAAGAAAUCAGACAAGGCACUCCCAUAUAUAAACAGAAGUAAUUUAAAAUGUAUCUAAGCAAGGGAAAAUGGCUUACUUUUUUAUACGUUUAUUACUGGGAUCAAAAUGAACUACAAUCGGUUUCUGAGUAAAAAUUUUACUGUUGAUAUUAUAAAUGGUUUUAGGAAGUACUUAUAUUUAUACACAUGUGUAUAACUAUGUAUGUAAGGGAUUUUGCUGUAUGAUAUGCAUUUAUGAGUGGAAAUUAAUUAUAAACUGUAUUAGUGUUUUAUGUUUUUUACUUUUUUAUGUCAUGUUGACAGAUGUUUUUAUAUUGCAGUGAAAGCGUUCAUAAGACAGCAACAACUUGAUUAUGGUUGAUAUAUAAUAUUCCUGGGCAAGCUUUUGCACAAUUCCUUAGAAAAAAAAACUCAAAACAUAAAAAGUGAGGACUUCUAAGGCAUAGUAAAAACUUAUGAGAAUUUAUUCUUGUUUAAUAUACAUGAGAUUUGGCAAUAUCUAUGCUUUUACCCUAUACUAUUGUUACCUUGCUUGAGACAAAGUUCAAAUGCAAUAUUUAUCAUUAAAGUCAGUCCCCAGAUUUACUAAGCUUUCUGCUAUUUGGUAAAUAUAGUGUGGUAAAAAAGCAAUACAUUGGAAGCCAGAAGACCAGGAUGUUAAUUUGGUGAAACUAUGAGCAAGUGACAUAAAAUCUCAUCCUCAGCUUCCUCAUUUGUAAAAUGGGAAUAAAACUUGUCCUGCCUUUCUUACAGGGUGUUUUCUGAGACUCAAAUGUGAUCAUAACAUACAUAAAUACAAAAAUAUACAU